AUGCCAGAUCCAUCGAGCGAUGGACGCAGAUGGAUGCCCUGCUGUUACGGGCUGUGCCCGUGCUGCAGACGGGCGGGGUACGAGAAUGGCGUCGGCCGCUUCACACUUAGGUUCGAAGACCCGAUGCAAGAGGCGGGCUUUGUGAAAUGCCAGAAAGCGCGGCUGUCCCACCACGUAGUGUUGCUGAUGGCCCUCUCCACUUUUCUAGGCCUCAUAACUAUCGUUGGGCACAGAUAUUGGGACGAGGAUCAGUACGCCACGAAUGAGGCUCGGGAGCUCAGCAGGUGGCAGCUGCUGAUGUACUUCGCCACAAUUGUUUCCUUCAACCUGGGCUUCAGCUCUGGGACACUGCUGGCCAAGUACAAUGUUAUUGGCACCCUGGGCUUGGAGAUCGCUGUCGUGAUUGCAUGCGGUAUCGUCGUGAUGGCAAUACCGAUGUGCACGAAGCAUUACCUCGCGCGAGCGUUUGGCUACGACGACACGGAGGCCAUUUGGGGCGUGGACACGAGCCCCACCGACGGCAAUGUGGUGCUGUACAUCGACUGCGUCGUCACCGCUGUGCACCUCUUGGUGCCGAUACGCUGGGUGGUCCUCGCUCCGUUUGAGGUGAUCCCAUUCCUGGCGUACGCCGUGCCUGCGCUGACGCUCGGCAGCCCUGCCGUGCAGGUUGUCCACUUCAACAUGGUGGUUCUCCUGGCGCUCACGGUCUUCGCCGCCGUCGGGAAGCGGGCCUUCGAGAGGCAGGAGCGCGAGAUGUUCGCGGGGUUCCUGGCGGAGAAGCAGAUGCGCUUCCAGGCGGAGUUCCAGCUGUCCAGGGUGGGCCGCGGCGAGGACGCGGCGGGCCGCGAGGACGUCGGCUCCGACCGAUCUCUCGCCUCGUCGCGCCCGGAGACGACCCGGAGCGCCUCGGCCUUCGACGGCGGCCCGGACCGCCAGAAGAUGAUCCAGAUGCGCGCCAUAGGCCUGCGGGAGCAGUGGCUCAUCGCUAGUGGCGAAGUGGAGCUCAUGUCCUGCAGGGCUCUCGGCGAGGGUGGUUUCGGCAUCGUUGUGCCGGGCUUGUACCACAACACCCUGGUGGCGGUGAAGGCGCCGAAGGAGGGCAUCGCACGAAAGGGCCUGUCCGCUCUUUGCAACGAGCUGAGGAUCCUUCGCCGCCUCCGCCAUCCCAACAUCGCGUUCUUCUACGGGGCGUGCAUGGACGCUGGCCUGAACAAGAUAUGCCUGGUGCUCGAGUACGUGGACGGUGUGUCCCUCGGCGCGUUCAUCCGUAGCCCGUCCAGGGGCCCCGAUCAGCCCGAGGGCUCGCGUUGUGCUGCUCCGGGUGCCAGGGCUCCGGAAAGAAGCGUUUCAGUGCGGUCCUUGAUCGUCUUCGACAUCCUGAACGUGCUGCGUUACCUGCACUCGAGAGAGCCUGCCGUCGUCCACGGUGAUCUGAAGGACUCCAAUGUCUUCGUGGAGGAGCGGUUCAGCAGGAGUGGGCGACCGUCGUUUCACGCCAAGCUCCUCGACUUCGGCCUCUCCCGGAACAUCACCCGAAGCGCCAAGCCUCUGGGCGGCACGUUGCGGUGGAUGGCGCCAGAGUUGGUCUCGCGGCAGGCUGUUCCACCAGACGUUGCCGCCGAUUGCUACUCGUUCGGGCUGCUUACGUACUUCAUCGUGACAGGCAGCUUGCCUUUUGAGGGCACGAACGCCGAAGUGAUGCUGAAGCGGCUGAGGCGCGGCCAGUCGCCGAGCCUGUCGUGGCCCGAGCCCGCCGACGAGCUCACACAGGUUUGCCAACCAGUGGUGGAGCAGUGUAUUAAGCCGAUGCCGGCCUUGCGCCCCACAGACCAGCAGGUCAGCAACGAAUUGACCCCUAUGCUGAAUAAGGUCGCGGGCGGGGUGAUGGAGACGGCGGUGGAGACUCUCACACCUGCAGAGGCCAUCAGUCGGGGCACGAAGUCGCCUGGUGACACCGAGAAAUGCGAUGUGGACGAUCCAGCGUGCAAGGAACUCAUGGAGUUCAGCGGUGUAGUGAAGGUGAGGCAGGCCAGCAGCUCGUGCCCGGCAUAG